CUUUGACCUCACCUCACACACAACCGCAGCUCAUUCACCGGCCAUAAGCACACGCACCUCAUGUUGGCACGCCGCUAUGCGCACCCAGCGCUCGCGCGGCGGCUCGGGGCCCAGCUCCGCGGCAAGGCUACGACGCCAGCCAAGACAAAGAAGACCAAGCCCGAGGCCAAGACCAAGGCAGACGAGCCCUCAACCUCAGACGAGCCCUCAACCUCAGACGAGCCCUCAAACUCAGACGUUGCCGCACGCCUCAAGAAGACGGGCGUGUGGAGGCGCGGCGCCGGCCGCAGAAAGGCCAUCGCUACCGAGCCCUGGCGCGUCAAUGUCGUGAGUGAGGGACUCUGCGACGACAUCCUCAGCUACGUCGGCCCGUCGCUCGAGCGUCACCGCGGGUGCGACCUCGUCGAUCUCAACCCGGGGGCGGGCGUCUGGAGCCGCAAGCUGCACGACCUGCUGCGACCGCGCCGGCACAUCAUGAUGGAGCCCGACGCCGAGCUGUACCGCCCCUUCCUGGAGCCGCUGCUUGCAAAAGACAGCGUCCGCCUACUGCCCAAGUCGGGCAUCUUGUGGCGGGAACUCCUCGACGUGAUCCGCGGGGAGGAUCUCGCCGACCAGCGCGACAGCACGAGGACGGCGCCCGGCGCGGAGCCCACGCGCAACGACACGCUGCUCGUCACGGCUAACCUGUCCAUGUUUCCCAAAAAGUCCUUUCACGGCUUCGAGGGCGUCAGCACCAUGGUCAUGUACCAGCUCAUGUCGAGCAUCCGCACGUCGUCGCUCUUCCAGCAGUACGGGCUCGUGCGCAUGCUCGUCUGGAUCAACGACGAGGACAAGCGCCGCUUGCUGCCGCGAGCCAUCUACCGCCGCAAGCGCAGCGCCUUCGAGGCCGAGAUGUCGUGCGAGUGGAUCCACGAGGUCGCUGGCCUGGACACGGACGUCGAGGACCGCAACUCCCUACGCGACGGGUGGAUCAACGUCGAGUCGGGCUGCCGCGCGCUGGAGCGCAUGGCCGCGGCGGGGCUCACCAUGCCCGCCGGACGCGAGACGGCCGUCUACAAGAGCAUGCAGGCCGACCCGUCUCUCAUGGGCCAGAGGCUCGCCGGCGUGCGCCUGCCGACGAUCGCCCGCCCCUUCAAGCGCGAGCUAGAGGACCUCGAGCAAGAGCUGUCCUCUUCGCCGCUUGACGCCAGCGCGGCAUCCUCGAAGCGGCUCAGGAUGCUGCGGCAGCGCGAAAAGCACGGCCAGGGCGACGCGGCGCUCUUCAUGGACCUGCUGCGAGAGUACGAGGCCGUGGCGGCGCUCGCGGCAGCGGGGGCGCACCCCGACGAGUUCGCACGCGCCGACGCGGCGUGGAACGAGCGCAUCGACAACCUCAAGAAGAACGCGCGCAACCAGCUCGGCGCGCUCCGCGAUAGCCUGCACCUCUUCCGGCAGGAACCCCCCGCGCUACUCUGGGACCGGCGCGCGUACGAGCCGCUCGCCGCGCGGGCCGAUGACUUCUUCCCCGCGGCGCCCUCGGCGCUCCUCGACAUCCAGCCCAAGGCCAUGCACCCGCUGCUGCGGGAGCAGGGCACGGCCACGUCUCGCGCGGGCGAGAUGUCCGAGGCCAUGCUGCGCUUCUGGUUCCACCACACCCUCCAGCCCGUCGGCCGCGCAAUGGAGACCCUCUGGGUCGGCUUCGGCGACCUGGCCGCGCGCUGCCCCAGCCUGCGCGACCCGGCUCGCGGCGGCACCCCCGUCACGGGCCACGGCGCCGUCACCGUCCGCGCCAUGAACGAGGCACAGUGGGUCGAGAUCCUCCAGGCCUGGAUGGACUGGCCCUUCCGCCCGACCUACGCCCAGCUGCUCGCCCGCCUGUCCGACGAUGACGGCGACUCCGCCGACGUCGACGACGAGGUCAAGGGCAACGCCGGGGGGGUGGCUUGA